AUCAUCAACAGGGGACCUAAGUUGUAAAAGAGAGAGAUUUUGGUGGAGCUUAUACUGCAUAAAAUUGUGCAAGAAGAAAUGCUGAUGAUGUUGAAACUUUUCUGGACUGCGUGUCUCCUCCUAACCCACCAAGCUUUGUCCUUGGUCAAUGGCUAUGAUAUAGAGAGCCUUGUGCCAGCUUUGUAUGUAUUUGGUGAUUCAUGCGUAGAUGCUGGAAACAACAACAAUCUGAACACGCUUGCUAAAGCAAACACAUUUCCCUACGGCAUAGACUUUAAUAAUUGCUCUACCGGCAGGUUCAGCAAUGGCAAAACCUUCGCAGACAUUCUUGCUAUUAAGUCGGGCUUACCAAUGCCACCUCCAUACUUGGGUGUCUCUGAAGCAGAGAGAUAUCAAUUAGCCACAGGGAUUAACUUUGCAUCAGCCUCAUGUGGAAUCUUAAAUUCGACAAGAAAUGGAGAAUGCUUGUCAUUGGACCAACAAACCGAAUAUUUUACCUCAACUGUGAAGAAUGAUCUUCCAAGAAUUUUCAAAAGCAAAAGGAAACUCAGGCGUUACCUAUCCAAAUCAAUAUAUCUAGUAUCAAUUGGUUCCAAUGAUUACAUUCUAAAUUAUUUGAACCAUGCAGUAGUAACCAAUUACCAAAACUUCAAUCCAGAAGAAUAUGCAGAUUACCUCCUUGAGCAAUUGGCUUCAAGUCUAAAGAGAAUUUAUGAUCUAGGAGCACGAAAGUUUGUGGUCGUUGCAAUUGGUCCAAUUGGGUGCAUCCCUGGUUUUAUCAUCAGAAAACCAGAUUCCCAAGAUUGCAAUGAAGAUGUGAAUAAAAAAGUUAUGCCCUUUUCAGACAAACUUCCAGGGAAAAUGCAAGAGCUGCAGACUCAGCUCCCAGGUUCACUGUUCAUUACUUUGGACAGUUUCAACAUCUUCCAAGAAAUAAGAAAUUCCCCAGAAAAAUUUGGGUUCACAAGCAUAUCUGAUUCCUGCGUUGCACAAGGAGCAAAACCUUGUGGAGACCGAAAGCAGUACUACUUUUAUGAUUUUGCACACACCACUGAAGCUGCAAAUGAAAUAUAUGCAACGGAGUGUUUUAAUGGAACACAAGUGUGCUUUCCUCUGAAUAUUUAUCAACUCAUUCGUGAACAUUAAUAGAUUUGGACCCUGCUCUGAUUGAAAUGUGAGAUCGAUCCACGUUUGUAUUUGUUUUCAGUAUUGUUAUAUGUUUAAUAAACAAAUUAUGUUCUGUUGGCACAUUGUAAAUGGGCAUGCAUGAAAAAUGCGUUUACAUUGUAAAAACUGAUAUCUAAACACGCAAUAAAUGAGGGUUGGCGUUCUUCUAUAUGUUCGAUUAAAUUG